CCCGUUUUAAAUCCCCACACCCCACACGCACAAAGAAGCACGCGAACCGAACCCACGCCCCGCCUCAUCGCGCAGCACCAGCACCAACAGAGGAGGAGAGGAGGCGGCAAAAGAUAAGAGAAAACGCAGCCGCCACCGGGAAGAAAGCGUAGCGUGGGAGGAAGGAGCGGCGGCCGGCCAGGCAAUGGGCAACAGCAUCGGCGGCCGGCGCAAGGGCGCCAAGGUGAUGCAGCUGGACGGCACCGCCUUCAGGGUGAAGCCGCCGGCGUACGCGGGCGCGGUGCUGGGCGACCACCCGGGCUUCCAGCUGCUCGAGUCGGAGCAGGUCAAGCUGCUCGGAGUCCGCGCGCGCCCGCUCGACCACGACGCGCUGCUCCGGCCUGGCCGGCUCUACUUCCUCGUGGCGCUGCCCCACCCCACCGUGCCCCCGCGCCGCGCCUGGUCCGGCGCGCUCCACGUCGGCGCGCGCGAGAGGCUCGAGUCGCUCAUGCUCACGCGCCGCUCGACCUCCGACCUCACCUUCCCGACCUCGGCCGGCGCCGGCACCGCGCCGUCCUCCCCGAUGUCCUCCGCCUCCGAGGGCGGGCCGGUCCAGCUCAGGAUGCGCCUGCCCAAGGCGCAGGUCGCCAAGCUUAUGGGCGAGAGCCGGGACGCCGCCGAGGCGGCCGCUAAGAUCAUGCAGCUCUGCGCCGCCAACGGCGCUGUCACGCCGGAGCGUAGCCCGCGGUUCCUGCCGACGGCGGACUGGGGCACCGGCGGGCUCGCGCAGACGCCAGAGCGGAGCCCUCGGUUCAUGCCGACGCCGGACUGGGGCGCCGGCGGGUUCGCGCAGACCCCAGAGCGGAGUCCCAGGUUAGCCGUAACGCCUCAGUGGGGUGCCAGGUUCAUGAUGCCGACGGCGGGGAGGGUCUCAGAGACGGCGAAGACGCCGGAUAGGUUGUCCGCAUUACCCCGCACGCCGGAGUAUGCAUCAGCGGACAAGGCCGGCCGGAAGCAGAAGCGAACACGGUUUGUGGCCUUGCCAGAUGAGAUAAUAGCAUGACUUUUCGUCUACCUCCAUGUUGUUAAUGGCGUCUUCAGAUUCGUAGUGUGUACAAGUCACUAAUGAAACGAUCAAUGGAUGCCAAGCGAGCGCACAAUGCGGCCGAUUGCAUGUCUAUCGGCAUCACAUGCGAUAAGGUUAAUGAUUUCGUUGGCAAUACCUCAGCCUCAUGGAACGUCCAAAAGCCGCAAGAAGCGUUUAUCUGGAAGACGAGGUGAUCAAGAGCGUCCCCCUUCCCAAUAGACAAGGUGAAUUUUGGGCAUGCUUUUUUCAUAAGAAAGACAUGUUUACUACUCAUUUAGCGUACACCAUGCUGAAAACUUGUCUGGACGACAAUGCCUCGAGCUCGGAUGCAAUGAAGUAGAGAAAGAAUUAGGUGAAUCUGUAGCAACCUUUGUAGGCAGCCUGACUAUUGAUGGCAUUUGUUUAUGGACUUCACAUAUGGUUCUAAGAAGUCACAUCUAUCAUGCAUCUUUGGAGCAAAUUAUGUGAUACAAACAGAAAAAUAAAAACGUUUGCGA